UCCCCCAGGCUAAGUCAUAACAGCUGCAACUACUAACCAUGAUCACCUCAUCAAUGCCUUCAGGGAACAGACCCCACUACCCGUGGAGUCAAAACCUCCAUCCCAAUACAGCACUGCAAAACUAUUGCUCUCCUUUCACCUUCCAGUUCCCGAUGUCAAACUCAUACAAGCAGCCAUCUCUUCCUGAAUGCAGACCUGAAACACGAACAGAACUAGAAGCAAUACAAUUUCCAGCUUUGCUGCUCUCCUUCCAAUGGAAAGGAAGAGACCGGAUAACUGGAACGGAAAAUGGCUGCUUCAGCGACCUUUAGCGUGCGUGAUGCCAUGCCUGAAAAUGAAUCUUAGAAACGGAUAUGCUCAAAAAACUCAUCAAGGAAGGAGAGAAAAGGCAACUGACAGCCAGUUGAGACAGAAGCAAAGUCUAUGUAGCAGCAGCCUGGGAACAGGAUAUGCUACAGUAGACCUCCAAGCAAACUCACCUGAAACAACACUGCUCAGACAACUGCGAAGCCUAAAGAUGCCACUUUUCGGCUGGAUGAAAUGGCCAAAAACCGAUUCCUACAAAUCCUCAAGGUAUCCUGGAUCAGAACUAGUUACAAAAACCUUGCUGAGGGAACUGAAAUGGCACCUGAAAGAGCGGGAAAGGUUAGUGCAAGAGAUUGAGAACGAACAAAAAGUCCAGAAAACCGGCAUGGAUUACAACUGGCUGAAGAGCUACCAAAAUCCUCAAGCAACAAUUCCAGCUACUGAGCAGCGGCAGCUUGAAGUUCUGUGCUCCCAAAUCCAACCCUGCCAGACAGGAACUGUCCUCAGCAGAUUUCGUGAAGUUUUGGCAGAAAAUGAUGUUUUACCUUGGGAAAUAGUCUACAUAUUCAAGCAAGUUUUAAAAGAUUUUCUUACUACUAUUGAGAGAGAAAACCAACCAGAGCAACUGGUACACGUGUGGAAUACAAACUGCUCUGAACAUUUCAGCCUGCGUGGAGACAAUUCUAACAGAUCAGAGAAGGAGGAAAUCCCUACAGUUUCAAGUUAUGUCGACAAAAACACACAAAGCAUGUUUCCCACAUUCUCUGAUAGAAUCUGGAAUCUACCAUAUUACUACCCAUCAAGUUAAGUUGCUUUGUGUUACUUUCAACAAGCUGUGUAGCUGUCUGCCUUCCUUCCUUGUGAUUGCAAUCCACAAACAUAGGAGUAAGAAAUGUGACAUGCUCCCUUUUUUACCUUACAAGUUCAGAAACUAAAAUCCUUGAUUACAGCUAGUAUGCAUUAUAUACUUUUAGUAUGAACUCUCUCCUCUUACCUUCAACGUUCCUUGAAGAUGUUGUGUUUGAAAGAACCUUAAACAAAAAUGUAGAUGCUGCUGAUGAAACAAGCAUUUUAUUUUUGGUAUAUGGAUAGAUAUAGAUGCAUAAACAAGGAAAGACUGCUUUCUGUAUUCUGAAACAGCACCACUCCACAAAUCGUUAGGCAACAACUUCUGUAUUUACCACAUAGCUUUUAAGCUCUAUAGGAAAUUUAUACUAUGUAGAAU